AUGGAGGACUCAUACCCGCCGGCGAAGAGCUGGAGCAUUCACACGCGCCGGGAAAUUACCAGUAAGUACGAAAUCCACGAGCGCGUGGGCUCUGGCGCGUACUCUGACGUCUAUAAGGCCCGCCGCCUCUCCGAUUCCCUCAUAGUCGCCCUCAAGGAAAUCCACGACUACCAGUCGGCCUACCGGGAAAUCGAGGCUCUCCAGACGCUGCAAAACUGCCCCAACGUCAUCGUUUUGCACGAAUACUUCUGGAGCGAGGAUGAUGAUGCGGUGCUCGUCCUCGAGUUUCUGCCCACUGAUUUGGGGGCCGUGAUAAAGGCUGCGAAGAAAAAGUGGGAAAAUGGGCUGAGUCCUGGGGAGAUUAAGCGCUGGAUGGUGCAGAUUCUGUGCGGGGUCGAUGCUUGUCACCGGAAUUCGAUCGUUCACAGGGAUUUGAAGCCUUCCAAUUUGCUGAUCUCGGCUGAUGGCGUUCUCAAGCUCGCUGACUUUGGCCAGGCUAGGAUACUUCUGGGAUCUGGAUUUGCUGCUGUUAAUGAUAAUACCCCGUCUUAUCAGCAGGCUUUCUCAAAUGAAGCUACUUUAGGUCAACCGUCUGAAGUUGUUCAAGUACUGGACAAUGUUCAUCAAAGAAGCAAAUUAAUUCAAGAGCAAGGGUCUUCAGGCAAAGAAGAAUGCACUGUUGGGCCAGAUGAACUCAGAAUUAGUGACUUCCCGAAUGAAAUUGAUAAAGACAGUGUUACUCAUGAUGGAGAUGCAUCCAAUAUUGCUACAUGCACCACGAGUGAUAGAGAAGAAGUUCCUUCCCGAUAUUCCUUUUGUUAUGAGGCCGAGGCUGGAGACAAUGGGAAUGGUUCCCUUACCUCCUGUGUUGGAACUCGAUGGUUCAAAGCUCCCGAGCUGCUUUAUGGUUCUACAAACUAUGGGCUGGAGAUUGAUUUGUGGUCAUUGGGUUGUAUUUUUGCAGAGCUUUUGAGUCUCGAACCACUUUUUCCUGGCAAUUCAGAUAUUGAUCAGCUGGGCAGAAUUUUUAGUGUGUUGGGAAACUUAUCUGAAAAGGUUUGGCCUGGUUGCACAAAACUCCCUGAUUAUGAUAUCAUUUCAUUUGCUAAAGUAGAAAAUCCGGUCGGUUUGGAAGCAUGUCUGUGUAAAUGCUCUCCCGAUGAAGUUCUUCUUAUCAAAAAACUACUAUGUUUUGACCCAUCUGGUAGAGCUACUGCCAUGGAAUUGCUCCAUGACAAGUAUUUGAAUGAAGAACCGCUACCCUUACCAGUAUCUGAAUUGAGGAUUCCUUCUAAAUGCGAGAGGCAAGACGAGGAUUCUGAUAAUGAAUGGGGUGACAACCGGGAUUAUGGCUCGGAUUCUGAUGUUGAUGGCCAAUUCGAUGUUACCACCACUGGGAAUGGUUUUUCAAUUCGGUUUCCAUGA